GCACCCAGCCACCCGGCACUUAGCACCCACCACCAGCACUAAAGUCAACGUUGCUGUUUGCUGUUGCUCCAGAGGCUGUUAGUUGUUUUGUUGCUGAUAACAGUCAUGGGGCCGAGGCUGUUUAAAGCUCAGGGGCCGCCCCCCACCGGCUCUGGGGAAAGGAGCCCCUUCUGGGGGCUUGGGGUGUCCCCCCCGUCCCGCCUGGGACUCCUGCUGGACUUGCCCCCCGCUCCCCACGAGGAGCGACUCCGACACUCCUGGGACCCGGCGCAGAGCUCCCCCAACAUGACGGUGGGGGCGGAGGACAGGCGAACGGCUCGGCGCUGCCCGGCCUCCUCCAGCAGCGACUGCGUCCGGGCCGGGCCGGGCUACCGGGAGGGGCUGCACGUCUGGGAGGUGGUGUGGCCCUCGGGCCAGCGAGGCAGCCAUGCCGCGGUGGGGGUGGGUACUGCCAGGGCCCGGCUGCAGGCCCCGGGGUACAGCGCCCUGGUGGGCAGUGACUCCGAGUCGUGGGGCUGGGAGCUCGGCCGGAACCAGCUGUACCACGGCAGCAAGGUGCCCGCCCCGGGCACGUACCCGCCCUCGCCAGGCGGGCCCCUGCCGGUGCCACCCUCCUUCCUGCUCAUCCUGGAUGCCGACCAGGGCAGCCUGAGCUUCCUGGUGGACGGAGAGUAUCUGGGAGCUGCUUUCACCGGCCUGAGAGGCCGGACUCUGUACCCCAUGGUCAGCUCGGUGUGGGGAGACUCCAGCAUCACCCUGACCUACAUCAACAGCGUGGAUCAUCAGCCCGCGAGGCUGGAAGCUCUCUGCCGCUGGCGAGUGCGGCUCAGCCUGGGCUCGGAGGGCAUGUCGGGGGUGUCAACUCUGCCCCUGCCCCCCAGCCUCCACGCAUACCUGAGGGGCACCUGAGCAGCGGGCAGUAGACAAGCCAGAAGCCCCCCCUCCCCCCACCUCAACACCUGAUUGUACGCAUGGAUUGUAUUUAAACACAUUAAUUUAUAGAUUAUUUAUAACCCGUUUUAUCCCUUAUUGUAAUCUGGGACUGAGAGGUUCCGGGUUUGAAACUGUCAACAUUGUGGCUCAGUCGCUUGCGAUCUCUCACCUCCGAAUCAGGAGGUUGUGGGUUCGAGUGUCUCCCACAACCUCCAGCCGAGUGACUGAGCCCCCAGACCCCCAAACACACACACAGUGUCCGCACUCUCCAUUACCUCACACACUGAUUCUUUUUGCUGUUGGAAUGACUGAAAUAAAGGGGAUUUAAACCUCA